AAACCAGAACUGAAACCCGUCAGGUUAGAAAAACCAGAGGAGAGGGUAGAAAAAGAAGAAACAGUAAUCGAAGUAACAAAGAUAGAGCGCAAGAAGCCUGAAAAGGAAGAAGUUACGGAAGUCAUAGAAGAGAUCACAGAAGUCAAGGAAGAAAAACCAGAACUUCCUUGGCGAAGGCCGAAGAAGGUUGUCGAAAAGAAGAUCGAAGUACAGCCAGAAGAAGAGAAAGUUGAAGAAGUCACUGAAGUAUCGGAAGUGUCGUGGAGAAAGCCUCGCAAACCGAAAAAGCCAGAAGAAGAAAAAGAAGUGGUCGAACUGAAACCGGUCGAGAAACGCGAGGAAGUUGUCAAAAAGGUCGAAGAAGAAAUAACCUUAAAGAAAGUGAAGAAAGAACCUGAAAAAUCUGAAGAAGUUGUCCUCAAGCCUGUAAAGAAAGAGAAAGUACCUGAAGAGGUUGAAAAGGACGAAAUGAAAUUGAAACCAGUUCCAAAGAAACCUAAAGAAGAAGAG